GGGACGCGUUGGGGCAGGAAACCGCGCGCCUCUCCUCCGUCAUGUGACCGCCGAAGCCCACGUCACCGGCGAGGACCUGGGCGACGUGUAGUUUCCUCGUGUGCCCGCAGAUGACCCCUGACCCGGACGGAGAUCGCGCUGCCCAAGAUGGCGCCUCCCACGCCGCUGCUGGCAGUGAGAGGAUCCAAAGGACUCUACAUGGUGAAUGGACCACCUAGUUUUACAGAAAAUGCAACGUUUGAAAGGGAUGCUGGGAAAAACUGCAAAGCUUUUACAUUCAGCCAGGAUGGUUCUCUCUUUGCUUGGUGCAAUGGAGAAAAAGUAAAUAUUGUGAAUGUCACCAGUGCUGAGUUAGUGCAUUCAUUUGAUCUUCCAAAGGCAGUUUGCCUUGAACUCUCGCCAAAGAAUAUUGUCCUGGCAACAUGGCAGGCGUACACAACUGCUAAAGAUGGCACGGCAGGGGUGCCCAACCUACAACUUUAUGAUGUGAAAACAGGGAAAUGUUUAAAGUCUUUCAUCCAGAAAAAGAUGCAGAACUGGUGUCCUUGCUGGGCGGAGGAUGAAAGCAUUUGUGCCAGGAGUGUAAACAACGAAAUACACUUCUUUGAAAAGAACGAAUUUAAUACUAUUGCAAAUAAACUUCAUUUGCAAAAAGUUAGUGAUUUUGUGCUGUCACCUGGAUCUCAGCCAAACAAGGUUGCUGUGUAUGUUCCUGGGAGCAAGGGUGCACCCUCCUUUGUAAGACUAUACCAGUACCCCAACUUUGGUGGUCCUCAGUCGGCAUUGGCCAACAAAAGUUUCUUUAAAGCUGACAAAGUGACAAUGCUGUGGAAUAAAAAAGCUACUGCUGUGCUAGUAAUAGCCAGUACAGAGGUUGAUAAAACCGGAGCAUCAUAUUAUGGUGAACAAACCCUACACUACAUUGCAACAAAUGGAGAAAGUGCUGUUGUACAAUUACCAAAAACUGGUCCCAUUUAUGAUGUGGUAUGGAAUCCCAACUCCACAGAGUUUUGCGUUGUGUAUGGUUUUAUGCCUGCUAAAGCAACUGUUUUCAAUUUGAAAUGUGACCCUGUGUUUGAUUUUGGUACUGGUCCUCGCAACGCCGUCUAUUACAACCCUUCAGGACAUAUCUUAGUUCUAGCAGGAUUUGGCAAUCUCAGAGGACAGAUGGAAGUGUGGGAUGUUAAAAAUUACAAACUCAUUUCCAAACCCCUGGGAUCAGAUUCGACGUAUUUUGCAUGGUGCCCUGAUGGGGAACAUUUUGUAACUGCUACGUGUGCUCCAAGGCUGCGAGUUGGUAAUGGCUACAAGAUCUGGCAUUAUACCGGCUCUGUUCUUCACCAGUAUGAAGUCCCAGUAAAUGAAGAACUAUGGCAAGUUUCCUGGCAGCCAUUUUUGGAUGGCAUUUUUCCGGCAAAAGCAGUAACUUACCAGGUAGUUCCAAGUGAGCUGCCAAAUGCUGAGCCAAAGCCCGCUCAAGCUUAUAGACCACCAGCUCUGAGGAACAAACCUGUAACUAGUUCUAAACUUCAUGAGGAUGAGCCUCCUCAGAACAUGAAACCACAACCAGGAAGUAUUGAUAAGCCAUUAUCUAAAACAGCACUUAAAAAUCAAAGAAAGCAUGAAGCAAAGAAAGCUGCUAAACAGGAAGCCAGAGUUGAUGGGAGCCAGGAAUCAGCACUACCUCCAGCAACUCAGAACAUACCCUGCAAUCCCAUGCCUGCUGUGACAUCAGGAGACCCCGAGGUAGACAAAAAGAUAAAGAACUUGAAAAAGAAACUGAAGGCAAUUGAGCAACUGAAAGAGCAAGCAGCUUCUGGCAAACAGCUAGAGAAAAACCAGUUGGAGAAAAUUCAGAAAGAGGGUUCUCUCCUUCAGGAGCUAGAAGAUUUGGAACUGGGCUUUUAAAACUUUACAGAAAACAACUGGGAUUUUUGCACAAAAUCAGUGCAAAAUGGAAUGCAUAUUAACUUGAACAGAGCAAGGAAUUUCUUUCAGUGACAAAUAGACAAUGCAAAGGUUUACGUAUUUGCUGCAGACCUCCUUUCUUAGCCCCCUUUUUUAUUUGCACAUUCAAAAUUGUAAACAAAUUAUAUGCAGCACAUCCAGUCCUGCUACCACUCGCACCAGAACACACGCUUGUUCCAGGAGGACAUCGCUGAAAAACCAAAACAAGCAUGUUGCUUUCUUUCGUUUGUUUUUUUUUUGUUUGUGUGUUUUGAAGGAGGGAAAGGAUAUUGUUUACCCAUUUCAUAGCUUUAUUAAAUUUAACAGAUAUGUGACCUUUAUGCAAAAUUAGGAUUGUAGACCAUAAUAAAGAGCAUUUAACAUUCAAAGAGUUUUGGGGUUUGCAUUUAACAUUAAAAUAAGUUGUUUUGUUAGUUAGUGUUUGUUUGUUUUCUUACCAGGUAGGAAAUUAAGAAAUGUUAUGUUGAAGCCGCUCUGCCAACUUCACCUUUUCUAAAGAUGAAAUAAAAGUAGUUUCAGAUAUUUCAGAUGCCUUGCGUGCCCUAGAGUCCCCAUCUUCCCCGCACAGCCGCACACCCCUGGCAAAUUUGUUGUGGUUUUACAAUCAUAUUUUCCUAUCCUUUUAUUUUAUUUUUUUUCCUUUCCUUUUCCCUUUUGCUAAGGGUUUGUGAUCUGACCAAGCAAAGUUAAAAUAGGUAAUGUGAGGAAAACACUGGAACUGGCCACACACACAGCAAGUGCUGUCAAAUGUCAACCAAGCCCUUCAGCCUGUUUGAAUAAUACUAGUCCCAAUUCUGCAAAGUGAUUCUCUGCAUAGAGAUAAGAGUUUGUUCAUCUGGAUCAGAUGUGACUUCUGGGGUUAUGAAUAUGACCUGAAUAGUAGUUUUUUUUUUAAAACUAGACAUAGGUGAAUAUUUUUAAGAUGAUAGCAUCCCACUAAAUUAUGUCAAACACAGCCAGCACCUAAGUGAUCACUGGCAUUUCAAUGGAAUAGUUUUCCAUCAUUAGCAGGUAAUCUCUUAUUACACUUUUCUUCCUGGUUUUAAAAAAAAAAAUCACAAUAGUGUGUUGUUGAUUUUUACCAUGUAAAUGUAUUGCCCCUGGCUUUGUAACAAAUAAUUUUGGACAAGUUUCUUAUUUGCAAACAGUUUUGAGUAAAAUAAGGAUUUAGAGUCAAGUUUUAUAUUAAAAGAAUAAAUCAAAGAUUUUAAUUUUG